GCCCCGAGUUAGUUUUAGGUUAACAACAAUAUCUUUUUGCUUCCUGUACCAAGACCAUUUACAAAAGCGAAGGGGCGAAACAGAAUAGAAUCCCAUCCAUCCUAGGAGAGGCCGCAUUCCCUUCCUCCCCCACCUUGUUGCCCUCGCAGAUCGACGACCCCUCCCCCUCCCCCAUCCCCGGCGAAUGGCGUCCCGUCUGGCGUCCCGCCUCCUCCUCCGCCGCCCCGCCGCCGUAUUAAGUUUGCUCCAGAGUUCUAGACAUGCCAGACAUUUCAGCACUCAGUUACUUGAAGGUGUUCCGAGACUUCCAAAGCCAACAUGUGAACGCUAUUUCCUUCGAAAUGCUUCUCCUUACCAAAUUUGGAGUAGAUCAUUUGCUUCAGAGAAUGGUGACUUGGUUGAAGCUGUUGUGCCCUUCAUGGGUGAAUCUGUAACUGAUGGAACCCUUGCCAAUUUCUUAAAGAAACCUGGUGAUAGAGUUGAAGCUGAUGAGGCGAUAGCUCAGAUUGAAACUGAUAAGGUUACAAUAGAUGUUUCCAGUCCAGAAGCUGGGGUAAUUGAAAAGUUCAUUGCCAGUGAAGGUGACACUGUUACUCCAGGUACCAAAGUUGCCGUGAUAUCUAAGUCUGCUGCUCCAAGUGAGGCCCAUGUUGCACCAUCUGAAGAGACCUCCCAGAAGGAGACCCCUCCACCACCUCCUGCAGAGAAACCUAAGGUCGAGGCAAAAUCACCAAAAGUAGAAUCUGUCAAACCACAGGCGUCAAAACUAGCCUCCCCCUCAGAACCUCAGCUCCCUCCAAAGGAAAGAGAGAGACGGGUGUCAAUGCCAAGGCUCAGGAAGCGUAUAGCAAAUCGUUUGAAGGAUUCUCAGAACACUUUUGCACUACUGACUACAUUCAACGAAGUUGACAUGACCAAUUUGAUGAAGCUGCGGACUGACUACAAAGAUGAGUUUGUUAAGAAGCAUGGUGUCAAAUUGGGUCUGAUGUCCUGCUUUGUUAAGGCUGCUGUUUCUGCGCUUCAAAAUCAGCCAAUUGUCAAUGCUGUUAUUGAUGGUGAUGACAUCAUCUACAGAGACUACAUUGACGUUAGUGUUGCUGUUGGCACUUCCAAGGGUCUUGUGGUGCCUGUUAUCCGUGAUACAGAAGGAAUGAACUUUGCUGACAUUGAGAAGGGGAUAAACAGCCUUGCAAAGAAGGCAACUGAGGGGGCAUUGUCAAUUGAUGAGAUGGCAGGGGGAACCUUUACGAUCUCAAACGGCGGUGUCUAUGGAAGUCUCAUCAGCACACCUAUCAUCAACCCUCCACAGUCAGCAAUUCUUGGAAUGCAUUCUAUUGUCCAACGCCCUGUGGUUGUGGAUGGCUCCAUCCUUGCGAGGCCAAUGAUGUACCUUGCACUGACAUAUGACCAUAGGCUGAUAGAUGGCAGAGAAGCUGUUCUGUUUCUGCGCCGCAUCAAGGACGUGGUUGAAGAUCCACGGAGGUUGCUCCUUGACAUAUAGUUCCAUUUGUUACUUCUGGGGUAAAGAUUGCUUCUCAUCGAUUUCGGAAUAAUUGUACACAAAAUUUUGACUCAUGCCGUAGUCGCUUCUCCAACAAUUGAGAAUUCGGUUGCUGGCCUCUGAAUUGUAGAAGAAACAUCAACGAAAUUCGUUUCCCUUUUCUGAGGUGAUACUUGCUGGGAUGUAGUAGUUCCCUAAACAUAUUAUGAUUUACAAUAGCAAAUGGACACCCUCUUCAACUUUGUUGUGCCAUUUAACGUGAUAAUAAUUAUAACAUGUGACGCCUGGUUGGUAUUGA